CAACACUCAGCAGUACAACUUUGUCUCUUGCUUUUGUGCACGGCUAUUGCAUGUUACGGAAUUUUGGGGCCUUAGUCCAAGUUAAAGCUUGAAUCCUACAGGGAAUCACGAAAAAAAGUGUUAAAAAGUAACGAUUGUGCGGAUAGAAUGCUUAUGGAAUUAACCGAUGAUCAGGAACAAAGUGACAGCGGAAUGGAGUCUUUGAGUGCGAGCAAAGAUGAUAGUCCAGAGCGCAGGCCCGAUGAAUUUUUCAUAACCCCCUCACUUGGAUCGUCGCCCAGCGCUGGCACUCCUAUCGGUGGACCUACUGGAGGACAUUUAGCUGGACCAUUGAAAGAAUACGAUGAUGAACCUGAUGAAACCUUAUCAGAGAGGUUAUGGGGCCUGACUGAAAUGUUCCCGGAGUGUGUUCGAAGCUGCACUUACACAUUCACUACAAACACAGUGUCUGGAGUUAAAUCUCUGUAUGGAUUGUCCCGCUCUGUGAUGUGGGUAAUAGCCAGUUCAUCAGUAAUCUUGUUUGCACCAGUCAUAUUUGAAGUUGAGCGGGCUCAAAUGGCUGAAAUGGAAAAGUCACAACAGAAACAGGUCUUGCUAGGAACCAACACAGCUAUGGCAGGCCCCAUGCCAAACAUGCCACCGAUGCCCCGAUAGAUCAGUUACUAUAGUCAAACAAUAUAUUCAUUGUAAACAGUUUGAAAUCUUCACUAUAAUAUUGAUAUAUAAAGGAAAUAUUCAAAUAUCAUCCUGAAUGCUUUAAUGUUAGUGUAUUAGUUAAAAAAAAUGAAUAGGUACCUUCUUUAAACAUAAUUUGAGGUAUUUUGU